AUGACAACUGAAACAACAACUAUGCCAACUGAAACAACAACUAUGCCAACUGAAACAACAACUAUGCCAACUGAAACAACGAAUAUCGCAACUGAAACAGCGAAUAUAUCAACAAAAACAAUGGAUGUAUCAAAAACAUACAAAGGAACAAUCGUUAAAUAUAUUAAUCAACGUAAUUUUGGUUUCAUAAAAAUUUCUAAUAUUGAAAAAACAGCGCGUAAAGAAAUUUUCUUUCAUAAAUCCAACAUAAUUAAAAACAAUUUUAAACCUGAAAUACAACCAGGUGAUAAAUGUCAGUUCGAAGUUAGCCCAGGUAAUUAUUUUUAUUUUAACAUAUUUUAUAAAUUAUUAUUUACAAAAGGAAUAAAAGGAGAUACUGCUACGAAUAUAGUCAUUAAUUAUCGUCCAAUACCUAAAAUUAAUAAAAUUAAAAAAACUAAUAAUACAACAGAUGAAAAUAAUGCACAAGCAGCAUUAUUUACCAAAACAAUGUUGGAUUUCUUUCGAGCAGCAGCAACUGCAAGCAAAUAA